AUGGAGACUCCCUUGACCCAACAAACGAGGCCAGACUCCUUCGAACCCAAAAUCAUCCAACUCUACCUCCAUCUUUUCAAUGUUCUCGCAAAUGAGGAUGGUGAUGAGUCGGUGCCAUCUGAGGGGUUCUGGCGGGAGUUCUUCCUUCACAAGCCUGACAAGCAGCGUCUCUAUGAUAUUCUCGAGCCCAUGACAGCUUUCGACCUUGUCCAUAUGCAAACGCAGAUGAGGGUAUUCUUCAAGCGUGCCAUAAGUGAAGCGGGCUCAGGAGAUUCGUCCCGGAACGAAAAUGCUUUUGACAACCUGACAGCUUUCCUGUGCGCCGUAUUCACGAAAAAGUACACCAACCCCAAUACCGAUGUUAUUGAAGUACUUUCCGGGCUGGACACGAUUGAUAGGUCAAUGUCUGAUCUCGUCCAUAUCCUUGAAACAACCAUUCGCCAGGCGGACAAGGAUUCGCUGCGAAGAAAAGCACUUGAUACUGUCCUCGCACUGGUUGCCGGCGGCUUCCACUCAAGUCUGGUCACCUAUUUCAUGCACCGCGAUCUCUUUUCGGCGUUGAUGAAGUAUGUCCACGAUAUACCCGAAUCUCCCACAACCAGCCUCAAAGCAUCUAUUGUUAUUGGCAUAUUGUCCAGUUAUAACAAAUUCGAAGCUCAAAAUGUGUACCAGAAUCGGCUAGAAGACUUCGUCAACGAGGAAACAAUACGACUUCUAGUUCGCAAUUUUGCCAUUGCAUGUCUUGUCAUACGUGACCAGUAUGUGUCUGUUCAAGAUGAUUAUCCUGUACCAUGGAGUUUGAAUUCGACGCUUGUCAUGGUUGGACUUCGGUCGUUGUCAACUGACGCAAAGAAAGCAGCACCUCCAUCAGAGGAGGAAGCCAAGGCUAUGCUCCUUUCUCUACCCGGGGAAGAUGCGGCUUGUAUCCUUUCGCUGUACUCUUUCACCCAAGCAAACAAACUAUUUGCUGCGAAUCUCCUGAAUCUACCUGCCGAGAAAGAUAAGGAGACACCAUUUUCUGCCUUCCUGUCAAUGACCUCGUAUAUCUCACAUCAUGCCUAUCGUGGCCCACGACAGUCAACAUACGCCGUCUUGAGCCUGCUGUCCAUCAGGAUAAUCGUGGAAGACCCUGCAUUGGUCAAAAAAAUUUGUUCGCUGGAUGCAAAAGCGUUAUUUCGACUAUGUCGUCAAAGGCCACCUCACCUUCCAUUGGUCACAUCUGCAAGGAUCCCUGCGACUGCCAUUCUGGAUGUAUGUACCGAUAUUCUUAGCCACAAUCUAAGAAAGAGACUGGACGUCCGGCUGUACAGCCUUGCGCUGGGAAUCAUACUACGUAUUGUUACCCACCUCGAACAGACCAAGACACGCCUUCAGCAUCAUUGGGCGUAUAUUUGGGGCUCGCUUUUGUCACUCAUGCGGUUUCUCACACAGUAUGCCGCCGACCUGAAACACCUCAGAGACAUUCGGGAAGACUUGUGUGCGACGCUUGCGAGUCUGACUGCAUUCUGUUUGGCAAAGGGUGACGGUUUUCUACCUGAUCCGGCCAGUUUCGAUGACUUUUUCUACAAGCUCAUUGAGGGGAACGACGUUCUGUACAGAUUCAAACAAUCAUAUUGCGAUGGGGGUCCCCAGUCCGACACCUUGAAGCGAUCGGUCGAGGCCCUGAUUAGCGUCUCAUCUCAUUAUCACGAAUUAUUGAAAGCACAGCAUGGCAAGAAGACGCAUCAGUCGCCGGCCGCGAUUCAGAAGGUCAUCAAAGAAGGUUAUGAGACGUUGAACCUAGAAGCUGAUGAAGGGUUCGGCCGAUGGGAGAAGUGGCGUGAAAGCGAUUGGAAAGCCGAACUGAAAAAGAUGAUCAGAGUUGCUGUUGAAGACGCCAGAAUCUUUGCGCUGAGGUGA